AUGGUGCGCCAAAGCUCGUAUCAGGAAGGAACAAAAAACAAGGAAAGUAACACAAAAAGAGUGACGCCGGAACCUUUUGAAGAUUUAUGGACUGCAUGUAAGAUGAAUAUUGAUGGAUUUCCUGGAGAAGAUGAAGCUGUGGUCUUAAUCGAUUUGAAGGUUGUCAUGAAUGUGCAGGUCCAAUGCUUGGGAUCGAUUUGCAUUCAUCCGGUGGAUAUGAAGAUGUGGAGGAGAGCCACAUAUACUUGUUUGGGGCUUGGAAAUGUUAGUGUCAUCUGCUCUGAGCACGAGCGACUUGCUCUUCUCAACUUCAAACACAGUAUCCAAGAUCCUUUUGAAAUGUUGUCAUCAUGGGUUGGAAAUGAGUGUUGCAUGUGGGAAGGAAUCCAGUGUGAUGCUGUCACUGGAAAUGUUCAACGCCUUAAACUUAAUGCAGAUUCCUACUACGACUUCUUUACUCGUAAUAAGGUGAGCUCUUCUUUGGCAGAGUUGAGGCAUCUCAAAUACCUCGACUUGAGUGGGAAUGGUUUUUUUCUAGGAAGUCAGAUCCCUGAGUUCAUUGGAUCCUUUAAACAGCUGACCUACCUCAAUCUAUUUGAUGCUGGUUUUGAAGGUAUUAUUCCUCCUCAAAUUGGAAAUCUUUCUAAUUUAAAGGUUCUUAAUCUCGGUUCAAACUUUUUAAAGGCGGAUGAAAUUGCAUGGAUUUCUCGCCUUCCGUCACUCGAGCUUCUCGACUUGAGUUCAGUGGAUCUUAGUGGAGCACAAAACUGGGAUCAAACUUUGCUUCACAUGACUCCCUUGUUGAAAGAGUUAAGUUUGUCGAAUUGUCUACUUUCCAAUGUUGAACUUGGUGCUUUUCUUAAUUUGAGUAGAAUACUUCCCAACAUCAAACACCUCGAUCUUGGCUUCAAUUCUUUCGAAGGUCCACUCCCCACCUUUUUUCAAAACAUGACCUCCCUCACAUUCCUCGAUCUUUCCGUCUUUAAUCUUAGUUUGGCAUGGAACUUUCCAGACCUACUAAGCAUGAUCCCUUCUCUAUCAGAGCUGCAUUUGUUUGAUUGUGGGCUUGAUAGGACACAUCUAUCUUCCCCUCGUCUUAAUUUCAGUACACUUUCUAACAUCCAACACCUCGAUCUUAGCUUUAAUCCACUUGGAGGCAUAUUUCUGUCCUUUUUGACUAACAUGAGCUCCCUAAGAGUCCUUGACCUUUCGGAUACCAUGUUGAAUUCAUCCCUUCCUAUUAUGCCUAAACUUCUAGAGCUUCAUCUUUCUUAUAACAUGUUUAAGCAGAUUGAGCAUGUUGGAAUCUGGAGACAGUGCCACCUGCAACAGUUGAGAAAUGCUCCCAAUUCUUUGGCGAAUUUAAGAGUUCUUGAUCUAUCGUACAACAGACUGGUUGGUUCAAUCCCUGAAUCUCUGAGUAGAUUAAGAUUUUUAGAAGUGCUAGAUCUAUCUCAAAAUCACUUGACUGGUCCUGUUCCAGAGUUCCCUGGUAACCUUACGAAACUUGACCUUUCUUCUAACCAAUUGACUGGUUCAAUUCCAAAGUCCCUUGGAAAAUUAGUAGCUUUAACAGAUUUGAAUCUAAGUUCUAAUUUGUUAAAUGGGUCUAUUCCACUUUCAAUAGGGAAAUUUGCCAAACUCCGUUCUCUUGUUCUCUCCAACAAUUCUUUAGAAGGAGUAGUUACCGAAGCCUAUUUUGCCAACCUUUCCAUGUUGAAGGACUUGGAUGCUUCUUCUAACACUAAGUUGACAUUCAAUGUUUCACGUGGGUGGAUACCUCCAUUCCAAUUAAAAUCUCUUAAUCUCAGUUCUUGCAAUAUCAGUAAUGGAUUCCCACAGUGGCUUCGAAAACAACGGAAGCUUCAAAUCUUAGUGUUGUCAAAUGCUACACUUUCAGGACCUCUGCCCACAUGGUUGCGGAAGAUGCCCAUCAUUCCUGUCUUAGAUCUCUCUCACAACAAAUUCAGUGGACCUCUGACAAACCUUCCCAAUGGUGGAAAUGAUAAAGUGUAUACAUAUUCUCCUGAGCCCGCAUUACUUCUGGAAUAUAACCUUUUCAAUGGGUCGAUUCCAAGGUCAUUGUGCAGAAGAACAUAUUUAGUAGGACUUGAUCUUUCCAAAAAUAUGUUAAGUGGGAAAAUUCCCAACUGUUUGGGGAAUCUGAAGGAUUUGACUAACAUGAUAUUAAGCUCAAAUCGGCUCUCCGGUGUUAUUCCAAGUUCAAUAUCUCUUAAUUCAUCAUUAUUUUGGUUAAGUUUGAAUGACAAUAACUUUAUUGGUGAACUUCCACGAGAAUUGGCGAAUCUACAACGUUUGCAAGUCUUAGAUGUGGGUGAUAAUAAGUUCUCUGGAAAUAUACCAAAAUGGAUUGGAGAAAAACUUAUAGAUUUGGUAGUUUUGAGGUUACACAAAAACAACUUCACCGGUAGAAUUCCUCGAUCUCUGUGCAAAAUUUCAAGUCUUCAAAUUUUGGAUCUUGCAUACAACAACUUAACAGGGACCAUCCCCCGUUGUGUAGGAAAGUUAAAUGGCAUGGUUGAGAGUUACUCAAUACCUUUGUAUCAUUCCGCUUCCGAUUAUGAUAAGAAUGUGAUUCAGGGCAUGAAAGGUGUUGAUCUUGAAUAUACAACAAUUUGGGGUAUGUGGGGAGAUUCCACACAACAUUGGAAAGAUGACAGAGUUAUUUUCUCUUCAAGCAUGGCAGCUUUGCACUUUUUGAGCCAUUUGAAUUUGUCAUACAACAACUUGUCGGGUCAAAUUCCAACAGGAAAUCAACUGCAAACGCUUAAUGAUCCUUCAAUAUAUGCUGGGAACAAACAUCUAUGUGGGCCUCCAUUGCCAAACACUUGCUCAAAUCAUCAAGAUCCAACAACAACAAGAAGCAAGAAGAAACACAAAGCAACUGAUGAGUGGAUGAAGGUAUGGUUGUUUUAUGGGGACAUAAUGAGUGGUUUUGUAACAGGGUUUUGGGGUGUUAUUGGAGUUGUGUUGUUCAAGAAGCAGUGGAGACAGAAGCUUUUCAUGUUUGCUGAGGUAAUGGUAGACAAGAUAUAUGUUGCAGUCAUGCUAAGAGUUUCCAAAAUCAAGAGAGGAAGAGAAGCUGCAUAG